CUGACGUCAUCACGACGAGACGGAAGUGAAAUUUGUAGUCGUUAGAAAUCCUGAUGGUGACAUGACAAAAACAAACUGAUUUCUGCAAUAAUAUCGAACAAACCGAGAAGAAAAUCGGAUAUCUGUGGAGUAUUUGAUAACAAAUAUAAAGGAUGCACGGUCGAGUGAAGAUUAAAUCUACAGCCCAGCAGGAGGAGGAGAAGAGAAAAGAGCGAGAGAAGAAGCUGAAGAUUUAUGUUACUGCAAGAGAUGCCUGUUUUUCUAAGAGAAAGGAGGGUAUUUGUGAUGAUGAGGCUCUCCAGCUCACCCAGCAGCUUCUGUCAUCAAAUCCUGACUUUGCAACCCUCUGGAACUACAGGAGAGAAAUCCUGAUGCACCUGGAGACUGUCAAAGACGAGGAUGAAGUCCAGAAGAUUUAUGAGGCCGAGCUGUCCUUUCUGGAGUCUUGUCUGAAGGUGAAUCCAAAGUCUUACGGCAGCUGGCACCAUCGAGGUUGGGUCUCCGCCCGGCUGCCUCGACCGGACUGGGCUAGAGAGCUGAGCCUGUGUGAUCGCUGUCUGAGCCUGGACGAUCGCAACUUCCACUGCUGGGAUUACCGCCGGAUGGUCGUGAAGGCCUCCGGGGUCCCCGUCGAUCAGGAGUUGGCUUUCACCGAUCGUCUCAUUGGCUCCAACUUCUCCAACUACUCCAGCUGGCAUUACCGCAGCACCCUGCUGCCUCUGCUCCACCCGGAGUCCCCCGAGCCCCCGUCACCUUGCCGAGAGCCCCCCCAGUCCUCCCCGCCGCCGUCUCCUCAAACGCACUCCCACCGUGUUUGUGAGGAGCAGCUCCUCAAAGAAUAUGAGCUUGUACAGAACGCUUUCUUCACCGACCCCAACGACCAGAGUGCCUGGUUUUACUACCGCUGGUUGCUAGGCAGAGCUGAGCGUGAGGAGAUGAUAAGUUGUGUUUACGUCAGUCGGGAAGAAGAGAGAGUGGCCGUCGCCCUCUCCAGGCCCAUUAAUGCGGAGUCUGUCGGCCUCCUGCUCAUCCUCGACGGUCAGCCUCAAAGAGUGGAGUGGAGGAGCGUCCAUCCAAGAUUCAAACAGAGCCCCGUCUGGAUCUGCGAUCUUCCUCCUGGAACGAUCAGUGACACCUCCAACGAACACAACCUGACGGUGCACUGGACUGAGAAACACACGCACAGAGACUGCGCCCUCUAUACCGGUCGAGCUGAGAGCUGGUGCAGAGACUCGGCCACGGAUCAGGAACUCUUCAGGAGUGAACUCUCAGUGGAGAAGACCUCGGUGUUACAGUCUGAGCUCCAGUCCUGUAACCAGCUGCAAGAACUGGAGCCGCUCAAUAAGUGGUGCUUACUGACCAUUAUCCUCCUGAUGAGGGCACUAGACCCCCUGGGUUAUGAAAAGGAGACACUCGCUCAUUUCCAGACACUCAAAGAAGUGGACUCGAUGCGUUCUGCGUACUACAGUGACCUGUGCAGCAAGUUUAUGAUUGAAAACACCAUCCUGAAGAUGGAGUACGCUGAAGUACGAGUCUUCAGUAUUUCUGACAAGAAUCUGACCACUUUGUGCCAUCUGGACCAGCUGUUGUUGGUCACUCAUAUCAACUUGUCAUCCAAUCAGCUGCAGCGGCUGCCUCCUCAGUUCGCCAUGUUGCAGUGCCUAGAGGUCUUAGAAGCCAAUAAUAACUCCAUUGAAAGCCUGGAGGGACUUCAUCAUCUUCCUAAACUGGAGGAGGUCCUUCUGAGAGACAACAAAAUCUCCACGCUGGCAGAUCUUCAGCCGCUGGCCUCCUGCCCCAAGCUGAAGCGACUCGAUCUCCGCGGAAACCCCAUCACUCAGACGGCCGACGCGGAGUCUGCGCUGUCCGAGCUGCUGCCCUCCAUCACUGACCUGCUGCUCUGAUGCGACGCGGGGCAGGAAUCACUGCCAUCAUCGUCCUCUCGUCCUUCACGUCCCCGGCCUGUCUGUUUGUGAGAGAGCGAGUGAGUGGGUGUGUUUUCACACGUCUCGUGGCUCUGUCUGUUCCACUUGUUUGGACGAGUGUCAAUCACGGCGACUGUGAGGCUCUGAAAGCCAGAUGCUUCGGAGCAAAUGUCAGAAAAGCUCUCAAACAUCUUAAAUCCAAUGUCUAGACGUCUUCACGAGUGACUGAGAGCAUGAGUGAGUUCUAACUGGUGUAUUUCUUUAUGUGAGUGUGGACGUCCAAAUACUGCUAACACAUAUGCAUGCAGACACACUGACUACAGAGGAACAUGACUGUUAAUGGAUCAGUGUUCAGAAAGAUGGCUUAUCGCUUCAAUGAUCUCUAAAACGGUUCAGUUUAAAGUCAUCAAUCAGAGCAUUUCACUCAUUUUUUUAAAGGUUGUGUAAAGCAUUUAAUAUAUGACACUAUACUGUUGCACAGUGAGUCACAGAUCCGUAAUAAACAGCACACAUUGUGUCACUGCCUUCAAACAGAUCUUUGUGUUUUAUUUACAAAAAUGACCUACAUGUUUGGGAUCUGCUAAAGGUUUUAGAUUUACUCUUACUCUUAAAACUGGCCAGGACCAAACUUAACCAGCUUCCAAUGGGGAAAGAUGACCAAAUCAGGGUUACCAGAGCUCAUAUCUGUAGAUUAGGCCUGUACAAUGUGGUAAUAAAAGAUGUCUGCACUUCAGUUGGACAGUAUUGCAAUUUGCAAUAGGAAUUAUAAUUGCUACUUGGGUUGAAAUGGAUCAUUCCAGUUCACACAAAGAGUACCAGUGUGCAGAGAUGCUGUUUUCUCUGCAGUCCACUCCCUCAGUGAAUCAGACUCAGAGGGUCUAUAGGUUUCACACAUAACUGAAGCCAUCUCCAUUUUCUUGUGCUUUCUUUGAAAUACAGCAUUGUUUUCUUUAAAUCUCUCUUUUUUUCUGUCUUUAAGGUGGCCCUAACACUCCAUCUGAAAAGCUGUUCUAUUUUAUAAAGACAGCAUCCCUUCUUUCCCAUCUUAGGUGGCUGUCACACUAGGGAUCCAAGUGCACUUGAGCCCAAAGUCCAGUUUGUUUUGGUCAGUGUGA